AUGAGUACUAUUACAACAGAAACAAACCCAGAAGAUUGGAAAAACUCACUAAACAUCCCCAAAAAAGACACAAGACCACAAACUGAAGAUGUCUUGAACACAAAGGGUAACACAUUUGAAGAUUUCUUUCUAAAAAGAGAACUUUUAAUGGGUAUCUUCGAAGCAGGAUUCGAAAAACCUUCACCAAUCCAAGAAGAAUCCAUCCCAAUCGCUAUCACUGGAAGAGAUAUCCUUGCUAGAGCUAAAAAUGGUACCGGUAAAACUGCUGCUUUCGUUAUCCCAACUUUAGAAAGAAUUAAACCAAACUUAAACAAGAUUCAAGCUUUAAUAAUGGUACCAACGAGAGAAUUGGCAUUACAAACUUCUCAAGUAGUAAGAACAUUGGGGAAACAUUGUGGUAUCUCUUGUAUGGUCACCACAGGUGGUACUAAUUUAAGAGAUGAUAUAUUGAGAUUAAAUGAAACUGUUCAUGUUCUAGUUGGUACUCCAGGUAGAGUCUUAGAUUUGGCAUCGAGGAAAGUUGCAGAUUUAUCAGAUUGUUCUCUUUUCAUCAUGGAUGAAGCUGAUAAAAUGUUAUCUCGUGAUUUUAAGACAAUUAUUGAACAAAUUUUAAUUUUUUUACCAAAGAAACAUCAAUCUUUAUUGUUUAGUGCCACUUUCCCAUUGACUGUGAAAGAAUUUAUGGUCAAACAUUUAAAUAAUCCUUAUGAAAUUAAUUUGAUGGAUGAAUUGACUUUGAAAGGGAUCACUCAAUUUUAUGCAUUUGUAGAAGAAAGACAAAAAUUACAUUGUUUAAAUACUUUAUUUUCAAAAUUACAAAUUAAUCAAGCAAUUAUCUUUUGUAAUUCUACAAAUCGUGUGGAAUUGUUAGCCAAAAAAAUUACUGAUUUAGGUUAUUCAUGUUAUUAUUCUCAUGCAAGAAUGAAACAACAAGAAAGAAAUAGAGUAUUCCAUGAAUUCCGUCAAGGGAAAGUUCGUACUUUGGUUUGUUCCGAUCUUUUAACUAGAGGUAUUGAUAUUCAAGCUGUUAACGUGGUGAUAAAUUUCGAUUUCCCAAAAACUUCAGAAACAUAUUUACAUCGUAUUGGUAGAUCAGGUAGAUUCGGUCAUUUAGGUUUAGCAAUUAAUUUAAUUAAUUGGAAUGAUCGUUUCAAUUUAUACAAAAUUGAACAAGAAUUAGGUACAGAAAUUGCAGCUAUCCCAGGUACCAUUGAUAAAUCUUUAUAUGUAGCAGAAAAUGAAGCUAAUGUACCAAUUCCAUUCCCAAUAGAGCAACAACAAAUACCACAAAUACCUCACAAUGAUAUGAAUAAUAACAAUAAUAAUAAUAAUAACAAUAACGGUACAUUUGUUCCUCCUCCGCAACAACAGAAUCCACAAUUCACCCAAAUGCCUCCUCCUCAUCAACGUCAACAAUUUAUGCAACAACAGCAACACCAACAACAACAAAAUUAUCCACAACAACAAAUACCAACUCCACAACAACAGUAUCAACAGGUAGCUCCUCAAAUGCAGCAACAACAACAACAUGUACAGUAUCAACAAGCACAACCACAUCCACAACAAAUGAUACCUCAACAUAAUGGUGAACAUCCACAAUUUUGA